AUGAGUUUGCAGUGGACGAUUAUUGCUACUUUCCUAUACGUUGAAAUAGCGGUUGUGCUUCUUCUAUCUUUGCCUGUCGCAAGUCCUUCGAGAUGGCACAAAUUAUUCAAAUCGAAGUUUCUGGCGUUUAUUUAUAGACAAGCCUCGAUUUACUUUUUGGUGCUGAUCGGUGUGUUGGUGCUAUGCCUGUUAGAUGCUAUACGUGAGAUGCAAAAGUAUUCUAACAUCGAAUCAACUGAGCACCAACAUCUUGACGCAGAAAUGCAAGGUAGCAUGAGGCUUUUCCGUGCUCAAAGAAACUUUUACAUCUCAGGAUUCGCUCUGUUCCUUCUUAUCGUUAUUCGGAGAUUGGUUCAGAUGAUUUCUGAACUGGCAUCUUUGUACGCACAGUCCGAGGCGAACUUACGACAAGCUAAAAGUGCAAGCGCCACCGCCAGAACUCUUCUUUCGCAGCAAGGAGAAGGAGAUGAGAAAAACAAAAAAGAAGUAGAAGACAUCAGAAGUCAAAUUACACUUCUAGAAAAGGAGCUAUCAAAAGAAAAAAAGGAUAAAGAAGCAAUGAAAUCGCAAGCCGAAACAUUGAAUAAAGAAUAUGAUAGGUUAUCUGAGGAAUAUAGUAAAUUACAAAAGAAGCUCACAGUAGCAGGUGGAGAUAAGAAAGAUGAAUAA